AUGACUCGAGUGGCUCAUUUUCAGCUGGCUCUGAGAGGGAAGGAAGGAUUCAGGAGGAGGGCUUUGUUCUCUCCAGCGACUAACAUUUCCAGCGAGGUGUCAAACCACAUUUGCGUAGUAAGAGCCGCACUAUGGCACAAGAGCCCUCAACCGGGUCAAAUCACGGCCCAAAGUAAAACUGUCUGCCAGCGGAAUGGCUCUGCCGCUCUGUAUGCCACCCGAAUAUUACCAGUGCGUGCCCUUUCCCAAGCUCUUUACUGGCUGCCUUUAUCUUCUUAUUCUGCCUUGGGGUUCUUCUUUAUUGACAGCACCACAUCUUCAGCCAGAGAACCUUGCCUCACAUCCAACCCGGAAAAACCACCGUUCCGCACCACCCAAUCCCCAAGAAAGACUCAACAGCAACUCACUCGACAAUCACGCCGAACGAGGACUGCCGCAGAAAGUCAUCCACUUUGUUCGUCUGCAGAACUCGCCACUUUGUCGCCGCCUGGUAUCUCGCAUCAUCGUGUCGCAGGAAGCGACGACUACAUGGCUGGGUCCCAUAGGAGUCCGGUGCUAAAAGACCAGUGGAGAGGUACGGGCGACGUUGGAGACCAGCGUGGCCGCGAGAGACCUAGUCGGCCUCGGGGCUCUCACCGCGACAGGGGGAGGGAUAGAUUUCGCGAUCAAGACCGUCACCAUCACAAUCGGCCUAAAGACGACCGACCUGAUCGCUCGUCGCGGUCGCCGCCACCGCGUUCUUUCCCCGGUCCCGAUAACAAACCUCAGCAUCGUGAUUUUUCCACUAACGUCUCUUCCACCCGCGCAUCAUCGGGCCCGUCACACCCGGAAAUACGCUCGAGCCAAAAUCCAAAUCGUCUACACUCCCCUGAACGCACUGGUCAACGCGACCCAAACACACACAUGGGGCCGACCGGUAGAGACUACCGCAGAGAGGAUUCUCCUUCAGCGCCUCCAUCGAAACGACAGAGAACACACAGUCCUCCGCCGAACGGUUUCCAAGGCCGUCCACCUACCCAUCCGCGUGGUGCGCCCCCUAGACACGGCUUUGAUUUCGAUCGGGGGCCACCACACAGCAGAGGGCGAGGAGGACGUCCGCCAGGCCGUGGCCGCCCCGGUCGGAGACCAUCGCCUCGUAGGGGAAGGGACCGACGGAAACACGAGAGCGGACCUCGAGAUUCGUCAAGGCACAGACAUUCUCGGUCUCCUGACUGGGAGGACAAACCGCCCAUGCAUCCCAAACGACGUUAUCAUAGCCCUCGUCCUGACGAAUCAGAUCGGAAUCUCUUCCCCCGAUCGCCUUCUCGUGUUUCCGCAGGAACUUUAGAUUCAAAAACAUCAGCACUUUCUCGCCGUGGAUCAAAAAGCGACAUUGCUAUGCAACCCCCUCCCUCGCCCUCGCGACCGAACCUAGACCAUGCCACAGAAGGACAUGGAGCUCGCAUCUCUGAACGAAACCGAGCAUCCCGGUCCCCGGACAACUCAUAUCACGGUUCUACGCGUUCAAGUUCGCCUUAUCCUGCUGCGCGCGGCGGGAGAAGCGGGCAGCACUCCUCACAGACCGGCCAGCAUAGGUCCAACAAUCUCCCCGAACGGGGCUCACCAAGUAAUCUCCCCAAUAGUCAAUCCUCCUCAUUUCAUCACGCAGCCCCGUCACUUUCUCAUCGGGAUGGCCAGCCAAGAUAUCACGAAACCCACCAAGAUCGUCGCUCUUCUGGACUUGUUCCUACCGCACCUCUUGCUCAUGGCAGAAGUCGUUUCAGCAGCCCUCAGCGAGAUACAUUGGAUACGCGACGUAGAGCAGCGCCUCCGAGUCCCCCACCGCUAGGGCCAGCGGCAGACAAUCCUCCGCCGCCACCGCCGCCUACAGAACCUCGAUCGCAUCGUGAAGGAUAUCAGAAUUUUUCUACUCACCGACCCGCACUUCGGGAGACCCGAGGAGCAGAUGAAGGGCAAAGGCAUGAUUCAAGCGCUGGAUCUGGUCAGACAACUCAGCCGGAUACGCGUCCGCCAGAGCCUCCUACCGGUCCUAGCAAAGGCGGAAAGAUUAGCUUUGCAUUCAAGGCGAAAACCGGACCGCCAUCGGCUCCAAAGCCUGUGCCUGAUUUGGCUCAGCGAAUGUUGGCUCGGGAACCGCCCCCGCGAGCAGCUGAACCUCCCCGUAAUAAGUUAUCAUCAGGGCCACCGCCCAGGUUCAAGCCAGAGCCUCGCUUUGACCGCCGCGAUCGGGAUCGGGAUCGUCAUCGUGAUAGGGACCGUAACAGAGGCAGGAAUGAUCGACGAGAUUACAGAGAUCCGCGUGGCCCCCGCGACCCGCGAGAUUACCGCGAUAGCAGGAGAGACGACAGGCACGUUGAUCCUCGUGAUAAGCGGAGAAAUGACCGGCCGUCAGACGUUCGGCCAGAUCGUCGUCAUGAGCGCUCCCCCGAACCGGUCAAACGUUCGAAGAUCAUGCUUCGCCCUAAGCCGCGUCCCACCAUAUCAGAGGAGUUUGCCAAGUCGGAUUCUGUCUAUUUCCGGAAGCCUGGAAACGAGUCUGUGAUCGGGGCGGGUACGUACGGAAAGGUAUUCAAGGCAAUCCAUGUCUAUACACAAAGAAAGGUUGCCUUGAAGAAAAUCCGCAUGGAAGGUGAGAAGGACGGCUUUCCUGUCACUGCAGUCCGAGAGAUCAAAUUGCUCCAACACUUGCGCAAUCAUAAUGUCGUCAGCUUGCUGGAGGUCAUGGUGGAAAAGAACGAGUGCUUUAUGGUCUUUGAAUAUCUCUCGCACGAUCUCACAGGUCUCAUCAACCACCCAACCUUUGCCCUCACUGCUGCACACAAGAAGGACCUCGCAAAGCAAAUGUUUGAGGGUCUCCAUUACCUCCACCAUCGAGGCGUCUUACAUCGGGACAUCAAGGCUGCGAACAUUUUAAUCAGUAACCAGGGCCAGCUCAAGUAUGCUGACUUUGGUUUGGCCCGGUUUUUCUCAAAGAGUCGCCAGCUUGAUUAUACGAAUCGUGUCAUCACUAUUUGGUACCGGCCUCCAGAGCUCCUCCUAGGCGAAACGCAAUACGGACCGGCAGUGGACGUCUGGAGUGCGGCCUGCGUUUAUGUCGAGAUGUUCACGAAGAAGGCAGUGUUCCCUGGAGAAGGGGGAGAGAUCAGUCAGCUCGACAAGCUUUACAAUACCUUAGGAACUCCAACGCGCGCCGAGUGGCCAAACAUUGUCGAAAUGCCUUGGUUUGAGCUCAUGCGGCCGACGGAGCGGAAGAAAAGGAUAUUCGAAGAUGUCUAUAGGGAUAUUCUAUCCCCAGCUGCAUUGGACAUGAUCUCUCAGGUAUUCCGAUAUGAUCCAGCUAAGCGUCCCACAGCCGAAGAUAUUCUCGCCCAUCCUUAUUUCCAUUCUGAGGAGCCAAGCCCUCAACAGCCAUUUGAAUUGGAGAACAUCCAGGGCGAUUGGCAUGAGUUCGAGUCCAAGGCGCUUCGGAAAGAAAGGGACAGGGAAGCCCGGCGCGCGGAGUAUCAGAAGGAUAAGGAGAAGCGGAAAAUUCUCGCAGCGCAGGAUGAACGAGAUUCCAAGCGUAUCAAGCCAGAUACAAGCGACGGGUUGCCGCCCUCGGCGCCUCCGGCUGAGCAGUAG